AGGGGCCGAUUGAAACCAACGAAUUUUUCGGGAAAUUUUGCAGCUUCAGAGCGCGGGGUUUGCUUCCUUCUUUCCCCUUCGUCCCAAAAACCAAAAGAACUCUCAAUCCUUCCUGACCCAAAACUGCCGGGAAAACACAAAUUAAGGGGACAGAAGGGGAGAAAAGAUUCACCCACGAACACAAACGCAAAGACGAGCAGAGAAAAAUGGUUCCUUCCUGUCUCUCUGCAUCUUUCGAGAGAGACGAGGGGGUUAGAGAACCGGAAUCGGCAUUGUCAGUUUGUUGUUUCAGGUAGGCGAGAAGAAGAAGAAGAAGAAGAAUCGAAGGAGAAAAAAGGAACGUGAGGGAUUGAUUGAAGAUGUGGAUGCCAAGAACAAUCACGGAGAGGAAGGAUGCCGGUAAUGGCGUGGUGGCGGUAGCAGUAGACAAGGACAAAUCCAGCCAAAACGCUCUCAAAUGGGCCAUCGACAAUAUUCUCCAGAGAGGCCAGACCGUGAUUCUCAUUCAUGUCAGAGUUAAGCAGCAGCCUCAAUCCUGCUCCCUUGCUGCUCCCAGAAUGAACCAGGUGAGUGAUGCCAAUGGUGAAAGCUCGUUGGUUUGCAGAAACCCUGAUUCUCAAACUAAGGAGGUGUUCCUUCCUUUUCGAUGCUUCUGCACUCGUAAAGACAUUCAAUGUCAUGACGUUGUGCUGGAAGAUUCAGAUGUAGCGAAAGCAUUGAUUGAGUACACGAAUCAGAUGGUGAUUGAGACUUUAGUGCUGGGUGCCACCUCCAAAGGGGGAUUUCUCAGAUUCAAGACCACUGACAUACCUGGGACUGUAUCGAAAGGGGCACCUGAUUUCUGCACAGUGUAUGUUAUAUCGAGAAGCAAAAUCCAGUCUGCAAGGUCUGCUUCUCGUCCUGCUCCCCAAACCUCUCCUUUCCGCAACAUGUCUAGCCAAUCAAGCAUUAGGUCCAGUUCAUCAGAUCAUUCUGUCCCACAGACACCUGCUAAAAGAGGUACUGAUAGGCCUCCAAUUGAUCCUCCACGGAAAUCAAAUAGUAGUGAGACUUCAGAUUUUUUCAGGUCUCCAUUGACGAGGAAAGGCAUGAAUGCAAAAUCAUAUGGUGAUAUAAACUUGGCAGAGACGGAUAUAUCUUUUGUUAGCUCAGGAAGACCAAGCAUUGAUCGCAUGUUCCCAGCAUUCUAUGAUAAUAACAGCAAUCCAGAUGCAGGGCGACCACCACGGCUGUCAAACCUUUCAGAGUUCGAAAAUGAUCUCAAUAGCUUUGAGUCGUCAAUGCAACCUGGUAGGAGAUCACUAGAUAUCACCUCAUCCCCUAGAUUGUCAUCAGUCUCACAGGAAAACGAAAGGCUCUCGUCGGCAUCACAAUCCAUGGACGAUGUGGAAGCUGAAAUGAGAAGGUUGAAGCUAGAGCUUAAGCAAACAAUGGAAAUGUACAGCACAGCUUGUAAAGAAGCACUUGUAGCACAGCAGAAGGCAAGGGAUCUACAAAUGUGGAAGUUGGAAGAAGAGAGGAGGCUCGAAGAAGCAAGACUAGCUGAGGAAAAUGCUUUGGCAAUAGCUGAGAGGGAGAAAGCCAAAACCAAAGCAGCCAUCGAGGCUGCUGAAGCUGCUCAAAGGAUUGCAGAGCUAGAAGCACAGAAGAGAAUCAACGCGGAGAUGAAAGCAAUUAAAGAAGCUGAAGAGAAGAAGAAAGCACUUAACACUAUCAUGCAUUCUGAUGUCAGAUACAGAAAGUAUAGCAUCGAGGAUAUUGAAGCUGCCACUGAAAAUUUCUCUCAAUCCCGCAAAAUCGGAGAAGGAGGUUAUGGUCCUGUCUAUAGGUGCAAUCUUGAUCAUACACCGGUUGCCAUUAAGGUCCUUCGACCUGAUGCUGCUCAAGGAAGGUCCCAGUUUCAGCAGGAGGUAUAUAUUUAUUAACAAAUGCUAGCAAAGGUUGUUGAAAAUAGAUGGUUUGUUAAGAACAACAAGCUAUUCAAAAUAGAUAUGUAGGGUGGAUUAGGAAAAUGGUAUUGGUGAGUUGGAAUACCAAACAAGUCUAUGGAAUUUGUAUUUUUUUCCCCCACAGGUUGAGGUGUUGAGCUGCAUUAGGCACCCAAACAUGGUCCUCCUACUGGGAGCCUGCCCAGAGUAUGGAUGCUUGGUGUACGAGUACAUGGCGAAUGGCAGCCUAGAAGACCGUCUCUUCCGACGAGGCAACACCCCGCCCCUAUCAUGGCAGCAUAGGUUCCGAAUCGCUGCAGAAAUCGGAACCGGCUUGUUAUUCCUCCACCAGACCAAGCCUGAACCCCUUGUCCACCGAGACCUGAAACCAGGCAACAUUCUCCUCGACCGCAACUUUGUCAGCAAGAUCAGCGACGUCGGUCUGGCCAGGCUGGUCCCACCUGCUGUUGCAGACAGCGUGACACAGUACCGAAUGACAUCCACCGCUGGCACGUUCUGCUACAUCGACCCGGAGUACCAGCAGACCGGAAUGCUGGGGAUCAAGUCCGACAUCUACUCCCUCGGGAUCAUGUUCUUGCAGAUAAUCACAGCCAAGCCGCCGAUGGGGCUGACACACCAUGUGGACAGGGCCAUCGAGAGGGACACGCUGGCUCAGAUGCUCGACCCCGUGGUGCCCGAUUGGCCCAUGGACGAGGCCAAGAAGUUUGCUCAGUUGGCGCUGCAAUGCGCCGAGUUGAGAAGGAAGGAUCGGCCUGAUCUCGGCAAGGUGAUCUUGCCUGAACUCAACCGGUUAAGAACCCUUGCAGAGGAGAGUAUGCAGCAACAUCAGCAACUGCCCUUUUUUGCUGGCAAUACUUCCCUGCAUUCCUCCUCCCAGGUUUCUCUCAAACUAAAUGAACCUGCUUCUGUAUAGAGCGGCUGCAGCCUGCAGGGGAGCUGGAAACGAGCUGAAAGUCAUGUACUGUUGACAGCAGCCAUGCAAGAACCCUGAAGAGGCGAAGAUGCAUGAAUAUUUGUACAUUGUUGUUCUUCUUUCAAUCAUUUCCCCUUUUUCAUGGUGCAUAUAGUAGUGGUGGAUUGUGAAUUUUGUUGUAGAUAGGUGGUGCGAAACGCAAGGAAGGGCAACCUGACCCGAUACAGGGGAUUUGAGCUCAAAUUCAGCUGCUCUCGUAUUAUUAUUUUUGUAUGAUAAUGUAAAAAGAAGGUUAUUUUUAUAUCUUUGACUUUCUCAGGAAUGACACCUAACAAAUCCAACAUGGAUUGUUUUUUUGGUUUAUAUUUUAUAAUAAAUUUUGGUAUUUGUAUUCACAA